AUGAGCAGUAGCGGAAACCCUGGCAGCAGCGGUGGAUGCGGUGGAGGAGGAGGCGGACCGUGCGGCGCGUGCAAGUUCUUGAGACGGAAGUGCGUCGCCGGCUGCGUAUUCGCGCCCCACUUCGACUCUGAACAAGGAGCGGCCCACUUCGCGGCGGUUCACAGGGUGUUUGGAGCGAGCAACGUCUCGAAACUCCUCCACCAUGUUCCCGAGCAUAAACGAUCAGACGCCGUCGUUACCAUCUGUUUUGAGGCUCAGGCUCGUCUAAGAGACCCUAUUUACGGCUGCGUCUCUCACAUCGUCUCUCUUCAGCAACAGGUGGUAAAUUUGCAAGCUGAGCUUUCAUAUGUACAAGCACACUUAGCAACUCUAGAGCUGCCACAACCACCGCCGGCUCCGGUGACGUCUUCUGGAUCUCCGCCGCCUCUUUCCAUAUCGGACCUUCCCACAAUUUCACCGUCGGUGUACGACCUCUCCUCCAUCUUCGACCCGGUGUCCUCGACGUCGUGGGCCAUGCAGCAACUACCUCGACCCUCGGAUCAUCUCUUCGGUGUCCCGUCAUCAUCGUCCAGUAUCGGUGGAGGGGGCGAGUUCCAAGCUAUGGCGCGUGAGUAUCUUCACGGUGGGCAAAUGCCAGCUCAGCCACCGCCAAGGACCAGUGGUUCUGCCUCAGCAGUGAUAAAACGAGAGUGA